CCAAUUCAUAGUCUAAUCAUAUUUGUUUUCUUCUGUUCUGGUUUAUUAACGUUUGACACCUAAUUCAACUAUCUUUGCUUCAUCCGUUGCAUUACUACCACAAUUAUUAGCUCUGGCUGAAACCAUAUCAUCCAGCUGAAUUAUUGAAACAUCCUUUGUUCUAUGCAUUCAAUGGCUUCUUCCUUAUGCAACAACAUCUUCCUCUUACUUUUUUUGCUUAAUGUUCUUUCCUCCAUAGGGCCAUAUCCAGUUGCAGUUCAUUCAGCUGGUGAUGCUCCGAUUAAUGUGACAAAGCACUUUUCCUUCUACAAUUUCAGCUUCAGCAACAACCCCAGACUAGUCCAUGAUGUGAAGCUUCUUGGCAGUGCUAAGUUCUCAGAUGAAAAGGGUUCUCUUCAAAUCCCAGAUGAGUCACAAUACGCAGACAUAAGACACCAAGCUGGUAGAGGCAUCUAUUCCUUCCCAAUUCGCCUGCUAGAUCCAACCACCAAGACCCCAGCUUCCUUUCAAACAACUUUCUCUUUUCAGCUCAACAAUUCCACUGCCUCUGAGCAAGCUGCAUAUGGGGGUAGUGGCCUCACUUUCAUCAUUGUCCCUGAUGAGUUCACUGUGGGAAGGCCCGGGCCAUGGCUUGGCAUGCUCAAUGAUGCUUGUGAAAAUGACUACAAGGCAGUGGCCGUGGAGUUUGACACAAGAAAGAACCCAGAGUUUGGAGAUCCUAAUGACAACCAUGUUGGCAUCAACUUAGGUACCAUAGUAUCUACCAAAGUUAUCAAUGUUUCUGAUGUUGGAGUUUCCCUUAAGGAUGGUUUUGUUCACCGCGCUUGGAUAACCUACGAUGGUCCUCAGAGGAGAAUGGAUAUUCGUCUUGGAAGGGCCAAUGAAGAGGAUUAUCCUUCCACACCUAUCUUCUCAGAAUCUUUGGAUCUCUCUCCUUAUCUGAAUGAGUACAUGUUUGUGGGGUUCUCAGCUUCCACCGGUAACCAUACACAAAUCCACAACAUACUCUCUUGGAACUUCACUUCUGUAAGCCAAGCUUUUCUGCGCUUCCCUUCAUCUGAAACCUGCCAGGGUAAGAUCUUACUUGAGAAUAGUACAGCAGCACCAACUACUGAGAAGUCUUCUAAGAAUGAGCCACCAAAAAGCUUUUUGAUUUUUAUGGCUUCUGUGGCAUUGGCUCUGGCUCUUUUCCUUGGCUUUUACUUCAUCAGCAGGCACAGGAGAAAUGCUUCCAAGAUAAAGACUUCGGUGGAGACAGAGAUUCACUUGCCAAGACCUCCAAACAAACCACGCCGCUUCACAUUUUCUCAACUUUCAUCUUCAACUCGGUCAUUCAGUGAGAUAGAGUUGCUUGGCAGUGAUUCUAGAGGAGAAUACUACAGAGGAAAGCUUUCCAAUGGAAGCCAGGUGGCUGUGAAAAGGUUCUCAACUCAGUUUCUCCACACACAUGGAUCAGACAAGAAGCGUUUGCUGAAGGAAAUCAAAGUCAUUGGCCAUGUUCGCCACCCGAAUUUGCUUCCUGUCAGAGGGUGGUGUCAAGACAACCAUGAAAUCAUGGUGGUCUAUGACUUUGUUCCCAAUGGCAGCCUAGACAAAUGGUUAUUUGGCGCUGGUGUUCUUCCUUGGACUAGGAGAUUCAAAGUUAUUAAGGAUGUAGCUGAUGGCUUGAGCUUCCUCCACACUAAGCAACUAGCCCACAAGAACUUGAAAUGCAGCAGUGUGUUUCUAGAUGUUAACUUCAGAGCUGUUUUGGGUGAUUUUGGGUUUGUGCUGUUGGGGGCAGAAUCAAAACAGUUUGAGUCAGCAGUGUGCCAUGGUGCAGACGUGUUUGAGUUUGGUGUCCUUGUGUUGGAAGUGAUAGCUGGAAGGGUAAGGGAUGAGAAAGAGGAGGGAAAUCCAGAAGAGAGGAACCUGUUGGAUUAUGCUUGGAACUUGCAUCAGAUUGAUGAGAAAGUUAAGCUGGUGGAUAGAAGGAUGGGAUCAUUGAUCAACUUGGAGCAGGCAAUUCGUGUUCUCGAAAUUGGGUUGCUUUGCACCUUAAAUGAGAACAAAGGAAGACCCUCAAUGGAGCAAGUGGUGGAGUUUUUUCUGAACAUGGAUAAGCCCAUUCCUGAACUGCCAAGAACUCGCCCUGUUUCCUUGUUCCCCUAUAAUAGCGCCAAUACAGGACUUUGCAAUACAUAUUCUUGCACUUUUUAGGCAAGUCAUGAUGUUGGUGAAUGAUUAUGUGGGAGAUGUAAGAAUAAAAGUUGAAGGGACCAUUCUUAAGCCUGCAACAAUCGAUUGGAUUGAUUUUCCAAAUGCUGCAAGUGCUUAAAGUUUGUGUGUUUGUGACAUGCUACAUAAAUAGUGUUGUAUUUAGCCUGGGGUAUUCAAUUUCAGCAUGCUUUGGCAUUUCUCUGCAAGAUUCAAAGCUCGAGGUUAGGAGGAUUUGUGGCUCCGUUUAGAGUCCAUCUAGCUACAUGGCAAGUGAAAGAUGGUUGAUAAUGGUAAAAAGGGAAAACAUAAUCAAUACUAUUUUUAUGAAGAAAUGUUAAAUUGUAUGAAUCAAAGCUCAAGUGUAACCCCUUUCAAUGCAUUUUGUUUUACCCCGUCCAGUUCUUUAGCCCCAAGGCCAUUACUCUGAUUAUUUCUGUUUUUAGUUUGUGCAUGAAAUUAUGAUUGGGCUAUUGUGUUUUUAUGUCAAGGUAACACUGAAAAAGGCAGUGAGAAUAAUUCUUCUUAGCCUUUUAAUGAUGUCUGUCUAUCAUUUUUGUACAAUGUACUAGCAAUAAAGGGCCUAAAAUUCAAAUCA